UUAGUAAGCUACAGGACUGAAUAGUUAUUUUACUAUUGAUGCUUGAGUAGGGAUUAUAAAUAGAAGUUUAGGGGCUGAAUGGAAGUUAUCGAAAAUCAUGAUUGUAAAACUGAAUCAUUUGUUUCUUCUCUCUAUACUUUUGCUGGUGUUAGCUCCGUUUUGUAUUGUCUGGCCGAUCCGUCACCAUUCCGGUGCCGGUAAAGCUCCAUUUCCGCAAUAAUAGCUUCAUUUCCUUUCUAGUGCUUUACAUUUGUUAUCCAGAGCCGUACAUUUCUUGGCCUGAACGGAACGAUGGCAUCCAAUGCAGAGGUGAAUCAGUCGGUGGAAUCCGAUGAUCUGGCGAUGAUGGUGUUAAUUUUGGAUGAAUUGAAGGAAAUGUCGGCUACUAUUCAACAAAUCACAGCAGACAAUGCACGAUUUAGUUCUAAGCUCGUUCAGUGCAGACACAGCUCCGUUUGAGAUCGUUUGAAGUUUUGGAAGCAAGCCUAGAUGAAAUCGAACAACAAGUUCCUUCAAUUUCAGAAGAAAAAGUUAUGAUAGUCGAGGAGAAAUUUGCAUCGAUGGAGGCAAGGGUUGCCGAAAUUGAGUGUUCGCAAGAAGAAGAUAAAGGAGCAGCAACCUAUAUCGGGCAAUCGCCGGUAAUUGUCAGCCAGAAAAAGCUUCUGUUGUGAGGGAGGUUUGUGCCCAUGAUUCCGAGCAAGAUUUCAUCGAAGAAGUAGAUGUCAAUCCAUUGGUUCAAGAACGAGGUAAUUGUUCCUUUCAAAACCUUGAGGUUCCACUGAAAAAAUGAUGAUAAUUCUGUUUCAGUUGAAGACAAUCUUGGUAUAACUAGUUCAAAUGGUACUGGAAUGAAUGAAUUGAAUUUUAAUCGUGUUUGUGAUGAAAUUGUUCUUGUGAGUACUCCUGUCUAUAAAUGGAAUGUUGAUGAGAAUAUGCAUUCCAGCGAUGUAGUCGUUCCUUUUACCAACCAGAAAAUGGUGAUACAGAUGUUAAUUUCAGAAAUGGAAUUCGAAUGAACUCAUAUGCUAUUGACCCUGGUGAACUAGAUAUCCAAUCUAGGGUUAAGAGCUCAAUUGUUUGUGACACUUGUUGGCAGUAUGUUGAUAAAUCUGUUUAUGUUAAAAACUUCAGCUAUGGCUCUGUGAAUCUUGAUGAUGAUAGUCGUGAAUUGGAUGACUUUGAUUCUGUGACACUAAUUGAAAAGCGUGAAGAAGAGGUUGACAUGGCUAAUUUGAGUGGUAAAUGUAAAGUGGACGUGAUUGAACAAGUGUCUGUGAGUUUAGAUGCUGAAAAAUCAGUCAUGAAUCUGAAUGUAUUGUCGGGAAGCUUAAUUGAUGAAUGUGAUGGACGAAGUGCUGCUGAGGAUACGUCUGUUGUUGACGAAAAUGUGCAUCCUAAAAUGGUGGAAGCUUCAUGUAAGCAUUUAGAAGUUUAUUCUGUCGACCUGAAAAAUGAUGGUUUCGAUGUUAAUUUUAAUGUGGGAGUUCGACUUAACAUCUUUUAUACUGAACCUGGUGAGUUGGUUAGUCUUUCGGGAGUUAAGUGAAUGGAAAAACUGGAUUGGAAGAAGUGGUUGUUCCUCAUUGAUCCAGGAGGAUUCCAAGGUGAAAUUGCAGGGAUUGACAAAUUACUUAGGGGCCUUGAUGACGCAAAAAUAUAUACCCUUUUUACAAGCAUUUUCUAUUCAUUUCUACUUAUAAAUUAGUGUCAAUUAGUUAGGAUUAGUUUAUUUUUGGGAUGAUUUUAUAAUUUAGGUUUCUCAAGGGGCCAAUGAGAAAAAUCAGCAUAAAUGAGGACCAAAUUACACGAAAAAACAUCAAAAGGGACUAGAUUGGAAGCGGCUAGAAUUGGAGCUGCCGGAAGGACUGAUAAGAGCUGGAGCAAGUGAAGAAAUCCUUGCUAAGGAAGGAAGAUUGAUAGCAGAUGGAUGCAAAUAGAAGAAUCUGCUGCAGCAUACUCAAUCUGGAAGAAGAAUGGCAGCUACCUUACUGCCUAAUUGAUGCUGUCAAUCAAAGAGAAGCCACUAGCUGAAAUCUUGGUGCCCAAGGAAGGAAAUCGCUUUGCCAUCACUGCAAGUUGUUGUUCUUGCAAGUGGAAGAAGAGAAAGAGAGAGAAUAUGUGAUAAGUAGCAGCUGCAACUCUGCUACUUACCCACUGAUUAUGGAUUAGCUGCUGCAGAAGGGUGAGAAAUGGCAUAGCAUGUGACCCAGGAAACAAGGAAGAAAAGGACAAGAAGAUUCAGACUGAAUUAGGGGCUGAGACACAAAGAUGGAAGGAAGCAUGCUGCUGCUGCUGCUUGCUACUGCUGCUAAAUUGGACUGCUGAGGAUUGAAAAAUGAAGAAAUAGAGACUUGUGGCUGGGAAUCGGAGCAGCUGAACCAGAGAAGAAGACUAAGAGAAGAAGGCAAUGAUGAGUGGAAGGUGGUGAAUUGCGGCUGAAGAGAAGGAGCAGCCAAAAAGAAGAUUGCAGCUUGCCAACUAGGUGAGUUGCAGAAUAAACAAAUCUCCUCUGCUGCAAGUUGCUGCCUCACCUUUAUGCUACAGAGAAGAAGGCCAAAACUCCACCAAUCCAAGCCUCUCCAAAUCUCUAUAAAUAGCUAGUCAUCCAAUAGCAGUAGAAGAACAACAGUUGGGUAGUUAGCUUUAAUCUAAAAGACAGUAGUUAGGUAGUUAAUUAGUUGGUUAGAAACAUGUUAGUAGCAGGAACAAGGCAGACUGUCACUCUGUCAAGUGGCAGACACCACUUGCCAUAGUGAGCAGCCAGUAUUGUCCCUGCAUGAGUAGCUAACGUAUUAAGGGUUCAAUCCCUACUAUCAUUAUGUGAAAGUUUUGAUUCAUUUUUCUUGAUGAGGUGUUGUACAUAGAUAAAUGAUUUAAUUAAACUUUUAGUUAACUUGAUCAAUUAAUUAAAAGUGCUUGCAUGCUUAUGAAGAUCUGGAACGGGAUGCAUAACCUUAGAACUGCUUGAUCUAGUGUAUGAAAAAGGAGGAAAUCUACCCUUUUGGUUUCAUUCACCAACGGCAGUUCGGUGGUGGCAUAGGCGAUCA